AUGAUAGAAGUGAGCGCCACUCAUCACGCGCUCAGAAGAGGAUCGGCGAACGAACUUCAGGCCAAGGGACUCAAUUUGGAGCAAAUCAAAGCCAAAGGACGGUGGAGAUCGGGAGGUGGCUUGAUGAGAUAUCUUCAAGACAAUCCAAUGGCCCAGGGACUCAGCGAAGUUCCAGAGGAGAAAGAAGUGACAGGGGAAGCCGAAGAGGACGAUGGACCACCAGUGCUAGAGGAGGAAGUCUAA